AGUGGAUCGUCCACUGGGGAACGACCUGUGAGCCGCUAAAAAUAGGGAAUACUAUCGAAGACACCAUGACAGGUAAACAAGGAGCUGUGCUAUCGGAAACGUUGAAUAUAUCCAAAACGUCCUCUCUCGGUGCUAACAGAGGUAACAGCCUGCAUCAACAAUCAAAGAACAGCGCCACGCACCCUCCCAGAUGCACGGGAUUCGGGAUCCAGGAGAUUUUAGGGCUGAAUAAAGAGCCUUCGGUGGACCCGAGGAGCACCCUGCAGUCUCGGCCAGCUGGGGCGCACCUGCUUGCCGCCAGGUCAAUGCUUGGUACCGCUGGUGUAGGAGUUGGGAUGGGAUUAAUCGGGCCUGGAGGGAUUCCGUCGUUCUACAGCCAACCAGCGUUUUUGGAGGUCCUGCAGGACGCUCAGAACGUUCACCUGCAGCCCCACAACAGAACUGUGGGACCUCUGGACCACAGCCAGUCCGCCAGUUCGGGUAGGAAUUUCAGUCGUUGUCAUUAGCCUAAAAUAAGGACUUAAAAUAUAUACUUGUAUUUAUAAUAAUAAUAAUAAAAAUAUUAAUAAUAAUAAUAGUAAAAGUAGUAUUAGGCUGAACUAUAAAGGGACAAUGGAUAACCAUUGCCUAAUAAUAAUAUAAAAUAAUAUAAAUAGGCUACUUAUGUCAGUAAAAUAACAAUUACAAAAUACAAUGAUAACAUUUGUGUUAGACAUUUUGUUUCUUAGCCUACUCAAUGUCAUCACUAACAAUUGUGAUAACACAUUGGAUAUGAUCUAAUCCCUCAAACGAGUCAUUCAUGUUGUCACGUUUUCUAAUAUUCACAGACUCCGAAGAUCUUUCGUCGAACGAACGAAAACUCUCAAAGAACUCAUUAAGCCAGAGCAAGAAACGGAAGAAAAGACGGCACCGGUAAGCGUUGCAUUCCAACACAUGAUAUUAUUGUUUAUCAGAAUGCUAAUAACUUCUUCAAUUUCUGAAGCUCGCAUGUUUCAUAAUUUUUAGUGUGGCCUAACAACACGCCUUUUUAAUAUUACAUUGUUUAGGCCUUUUGAACUGUCUUAAUUCAUCAACAACUAUUUUGGACUUUGUGCAGGCUAUUAUAACAAGAUUAGCCUAGGAUAUAAUUUGAAAUAGUAGCCUAUGCUAAUUACUGAGAUGAUUUACAGGUUGUCAAUGGCCAAUAGGCUAUUAUUUCAAACAUGAAAUUAAAUCGAAUAGGGUAUGUUUGAAAUUCAAGUUAAUUAAACGCAAUUAGGUAACGCAUUGCCUUAUUUCCCAAUAGCCCUUGGAUUUAAAUGUUUGACAUGUUUCAUAGCAAAUAAAUUAUAUUUACGCCUCGUAUUUUAUUUCAAAUGUGAAUUUACAGGCUAGCCUACUCUAACAUGUCCGUCUUUUUCCAUAUAUUUUUGUCAUUCAUUUUUAUGUAUAUUUGUUUUGGGGUGUGAAAGCAUUGGCCUAUUUUAACCAUCGAGUGUAUGCCUAAUACACCAUAUGGACAUAGCCUACAUUUUACCUUUCAUAGCGAAAGGCUUAGUCUGUGAAGACUAUUAUUCAAUAAAGGUGAUCAGACAUUGAAAUGGCCAAAUAUGAUUUCCUUUAUACCAGCAUAUAGGCAUAUAAAGGAUUAGAGCCUGCAAAAAUGUUUUGCUAACCUUUUUUAUUAAUCCACUUAUUUUUUGUAGCCUACUCACUGAAUGCAUGUAAAGGCUGCAUGUUUUUAGUCCUACACAUUGCUUUCUGGGAUACAUGCACUCCCUUAAAUAGGCUACUGAAUAGGCCUAAUUUUUAUUGUAAUCAAAUAAUAAGAUAUUAAAUAAUAAGAUCUAGCAGCUGCUUUUGGAGGACAUGUGAUUUAGUCUACUGUAGGCCUAUUUCUAAAAUGCACCAUUGUUCUUAAUGUACCUAAGAUGAAAUGCAUACAAACACCUUGGAUAGAUAAGAUGUAAUGGAAUGCAUUGGCACCGUGCAAAUGAAGGUGUGCAUUUGUACAUCUGAUCUGUUUGAAAUAAAUAAUAGCCAACCGAGCUUCCCCUAUUAUUCGCCUUUCGAACAUUUUUCAAUGCUCACAAUUUACACAUAUUUCAUAUUUCUACAGAACCAUAUUCACAUCUUACCAGCUCGAGGAGUUGGAGAAGGCCUUUAACGAAGCCCACUACCCUGAUGUGUAUGCACGGGAGAUGCUGGCUAUGAAAACAGAGCUUCCUGAGGACAGAAUACAGGUAUGACAGCUGGUUAUAGCCUAUUGUUGGCACUGUUGUUAUUGUAUCAUGUCAGAGGAAAUGUAUUUUGUAACUUGAGUUCUUCCUCCCCUAAAUAGCAUUUAAAUGUCUCAAAACAGCAUUCUUCAUGUUAAUAUUAUUUUUAAUUAUCUACUGGAUAAAAUGACUGAAAUAUUAUGUCAAACAUUGUUUUUUACAUCAUUCUCAUUGUCCCUUGCAAGAAACUCAAAUUGGCUUAUUAUGUUACUCUCCAAAAUAUUUCCUACAGGAGAACCUGUGCUAAAUGUAAAAGGUAUUUCUCCAAUGAGAUGUGAUUAUCAGUGACAAAUUAUGUUCUUUAAUACCUUUUCUGCAUUGAAACCCUUUAUCUACUUCCCCAGAGUCAGAUGAACUCGUGGAUGCCAUUUUUAUUUCUCUGCAUGCAGUUUGAAGGAAGUUGCUAACCAGCAAUAGUGCAAUUGCUAACUAGCGUUAGCGCAAUGACAAUUGAUAACUAGCGUUGGCGCAUGCUAGUAGAUACCAUAGACUUCCAGUCAUUGCGCUAACGCUAGUUUGCAUUGACUCGCGAAACUACCUCUAACUUCCUUCAUACUGGAUGGAGAGAUAUAAAAAUGGUAUCCACGAGUUCAUCUGACUCUGGGGAAGUAGAUAAAGGGCCAACAUUCAUUGCCAAAAUCCCCAAAUAUCACUUUAAGCCACCACUGACAUCUGUCACUGUACAUUGGGACUGUAAUCUGCUUUUGAUAUGUAUUAUAAUAAUUAAGAUAAGGUCUCUUACAAACUAUUUAAGUCAUUCAUAAAGAAGGCCUAUGGUAGCAGGUGGUUUUCAGGUACCAAUAAUAGAGGACAUUAUUGGUACCAGAAUAGGUUUAUGCAGUGUAGAACUAUAGGCAGGUCUACCUUUUUUGCUUAAGUCUUGGAAUUUAAAUAGCCUAGGCCUAGGUUAUAAAGCAGGAAUCUAAUAAACAAUGAAUGGCGUGGAAAAUGAAAAGUGGAGUGAAAUAGGCUUACUCUGCACUUGACGAAAUAGUUAGCUCCUUAAUAUUAUGCGAAGGAAAGUGAGCCCACGUAAAUCGAUCAAUAAUGCCUCUCUCCCUGUCUGAACAAAGACACCUCUAGUAGCAACCUCGCCAGAUAAUCUCUCAUUAGGCGCAGUUGGAUGUGAAACAAUUUGUUCUCGGAGAGGAGCACUAAUGACCUAAUCAAGCUAUCAAGGCAGAAGAAGAUUGCGGUGUGACCUGGACCAUCCAUCUGCUCGAGCGCCGUUUAAUUUCGUUCUCAUUAUGGCUCUUCGCGGCGAAUAAAUAAUAAUAAAAUAAAUAAAUAACUGUAUUCCAAUCGUAAAUAGAAGUAACACCCAAUUUUCUCACAGAGUCUAAUUAGUUAAAUCAGAUGAGCUUGCCUUGUUCCUGGGGGAGGCUGGCUCGAGACGCGGGGAGUUCAAAUGAUAUAACUACAUUGAAUGAAUUAGCACGGGUCAAUAGCGCCGCUCCCCCGAGUCCCGCUCGUUUAAUUUCCCGUGAUAUUUGCCCGCCUGUCCACCAUCGAUUGGGCUUGAAAUUAACUUAGUUUUCAAUCAGUCUUGGCGUGCCCUAGGGGUCGCUUCUGCUCGCAGCUUCCCCCUCAGCUUCCUUUGAGUGCCAGAGAAGCCAUUUCUCAUAAAACAUUUAUAUUGUAUGAAAUAAGGGCUAUCAUUAGAAUUAACAGAAAAAGGGUUGAAAUGAUUUUGUUAAUUUUCAAUUUAAUGGCUGUUCCCCCUCCACAGUCGAGACAUAUCUGUCCAUGCCCCUCCUCUCUUAUUUUUUGCACUCUACACAGAGCCAUCAGACGUGGCCAAGUAGGCUGUUUAACAGCUCUGUGUUGUGCUAUGAAAUCAAUUUGGCCUCUCACUGAGCUGACAGAUAGCAUGGGGCCCGAACCAGUGGUCAUGGAGUUCCACACUUGGCAUUGGGCAAGUUGAUGUGUCACUGACUAUCCAUCCACACUACCUCAGGCUGGGCGGGGACUGACAGGACUCAGAGACCACCUGCAGCCUGUAAAGGAAAUCAAUGUGCUGAAUCAAAUCACAUCAGUUUUUAUCUUAUAUCGCCAAACAUUACACAAGGGGUCUUACAGAGAUCUCAAAACAACACAACACUAGAGUGACUGAAAUAAGACCAGAUUUAGUUAUGUUGUUUUUCACAAAUUAUAUAACAGAAUUGGCUAAAGUGCCAUUAGGUCUUUAAUUGGACCCCCAUUAGCUUUUCCAGAGCAGCAGCUGGGGUCCACAAAAAAACACAAAACACGACAAGUAACAAACACUGAUACACUGAUAGACAAGGACAGUCACACACAUUUAAAAUACAACCAUAUACAAACAACAGAACAAAAAAAUAAUAAAAUGAUUUUUCAAGAGGUGGACAACAGUGGUGCAAUGUGAUGGCAGUGCUAGAGUCUGUUAAGGUGGUGGUGUCUGUCAGUUAGAAGACUCAUUGAUGCUGCUAGUGUCAGUGUGUCUGAAUAUUGCUAGUUUCAGUGUUGAUAGGUGGUACUUAAUGACUCCUCCUGGGUUACAGGUCUGGUUUCAGAACCGCAGGGCUAAAUGGAGGAAGAGGGAGAAGUGCUGGGGUCGCAGCAGUGUGAUGGCAGAGUAUGGGCUGUAUGGGGCCAUGGUCCGUCACUCCAUCCCCCUACCAGAUUCCAUCCUCAAGUCCGCCAAGGAUGGCAUCAUGGACUCUUGUGCCCCAUGGCUGCUUGGUAUGAGACUAAUGUUUCAUUUACAGCUGGUUUCAUCCUCCAUGCUUUACUUUGAAUUAAUCAUUGCUCUCAUAUAUUCUCCACAUUCUACUUUUCUAUUUGUGAUUGUGGGUUGUGUUCCUCGUCAUUCAGUGCAGAGGGCAAAUACUUAAUAUUUGAUUUAAUCCUUUCAUCAAAUGGCUCUGAAAUGAUCAAGAUAUCAUAAUUUAUAUUUGGUAGGCUUACUUAUUGCCUAGUGGGGGAAAAAAACCGAUACAGCAAUUAUUUACUAUCAGUCCACACUUAUUAUGCACCCUCAAUUUGAAGAUCAUAUUCCUAUAGCUAAAUCAGAACUAUUUCUUUGUUUACUAUUUUCAGUUCAAGAUGGCUUUCCAAUCAGCAGACGCUUUUCUAAAUCCGAAUACCCCCAAUUCUUUUCAGGGAUGCACAAAAAGUCCAUGGAGACCACGGUCAUCCAGCCAGCAGGGAAGUCUGACGGUUCCCAGCAGCCAGCCAUUCAGAGGGGAGAAGAAUGCGACGUGGAGGAGAAGAGGGUGGAGGGCAAGUCACCCAUCUCCAAAGAGGAACUGAGGGAGAACAGCAUCGCAGCACUCAGGGCAAAAGCACAGGAGCACAGUGCAAAGGUGCUUGGGACUGUUACAUGUGAGAGACCAGAGAGCAAAGUGGAGAGACAGGCAGCAGAGGAAACAUCUAGUGGCCCUUUGAGUCCACUGGAAGAGCCCAAGAGUCCAUAG